AUGGACGACCUGGCAAAGGGCCAAUUCUUGUCGACGGCCUCGCCACAGGCUCCGUCUACUAUUGUGUCUACCCAACAAAACAGAUUAGGAAGCGGCGAGUUUCCGUCCGAGCACACUCUAGAAAACGAGGCAAGCGAGUCUCUAGGCGAGAGAGCCGUGCUUGAGAAACAGAUACGAUGGAAAAUCGAUCUGCGCCUAUGUAGCAUCGCAGGCCUGCUGUGCAGUCUCAACCUGCUCGAUUCAGGAAUUCUGUCCUCUGCAUCGGUGACAACCAUGCUUGAGGACCUGGAAUUGAACCACGGCAACCGAUAUUCCGUGUCUAUUUUCAUUUUCACAAUCGCCAAUGUCGCAUUCCAGCUACCAUGUACACUGGCAGUGCGGUUUGUUGGACCUCGCAUAUGGUUCGCUAUGAUCACCUUUCUCUUCGGGCUGUUGACGAUGUGUACCGCUUUCAUCCACACCUGGGGCCAGAUGAUCGCGUUGCGGGUGCUACUUGGAAUCGCCAUGUCGGGCAUCUACCCGGGCCUAACCUACCUGAUCAGCACCUGGUAUACGCGACGGGAGCAGCAGCUCCGAUACGCGUACGUGCAGUCCGGUGAAGUCUUGGUCUUUGCUACAGGGAACAUUGUCAAUUUCGGAUUGAAUCACCUAGACGGGAAGGCUGGUCUGGCUGGAUGGCGCUGGAUGUACCUGGUUCAAGGCCUCAUCACCUGUGUCUUGGGCGCCGUCACCUACUGGUGGAUGGUCGACUUUCCUGAGAAUGCACAAAACAGCUUUUGCUUUUUGACGGCAAAGGAAGCGCAAUUCGCGUCGUGCCGGAUCCAAGAUGAUCGUGGAGAUCUUAUGCCCGAGCCGUUCUCGUGGGGCAAGUUGUUGUCUGCCUUUAAGGAUCUGAAGAUCUACGGAUUUGCAUGCAUGUUCUUCUUGCUGAAUUCCAUCACGACCGCUUUGGCAUAUUUCCUGCCAAUCAUUUUACAAUCUGGGAUGGGCUUCAGUUCGAAUGAAUCCAUCUUGCUCGCCACGCCCCCUUACUAUUACGCCGUGAUUCCCGUUGUCAUCAGCUCAUUUGUUGGAGAUCACUAUGGCGUUCGAGGUCCACUCAUUACGUUCAAUGCCCUCACGCUGAUCGCUGGGUUUUUGAUGUUCGGUCUUCCGGCAUCCUCACAUGUAGCUGUGCGGUAUACUGGGACGUUCCUUGCAACCGGUGCCUAUGUUUCGAACUGGGCGGCCCUCAAUGCUUUCCAAGCUAACAAUAUCGUUGGCCAGUGGAAGCGGGUGGCAACUGCAGCGACUAUCACUGCUAUGAAUGGCUUGGGUGGGGUAGCAGGUAGCUACAUUGUGCGUCAACAAGAAGCACCACAAUAUUUAACCGCAGUUUGGGUAUCGAUUGGCUCUCAUAUCCUGCUUAUUGGUAUACUGGGUGUAUUCACGAUCUACUUCUAUAUCGCCAAUCGACAGCAAGCAAGUGGCGCAAAAAUACUUGAGGGUUUGGUAUGUAUCUUUUGUCCAACCUGGAAUUUGAUGGCAACUAAUCUAUGGGGUGCAGCCUGGCUUUCGAUACACGUUCUGAUCUUGGACCCGACAAAUUGUUGGCUCCCAGUACACCCGUCUUGCUUGAAACUUUAUCCUCAAUUCUUCAUCAAAAGAAGCAUUAGCCAUGCUGAUGAAAAGGACUAUAUGGUUAUGAUGCCGAGCGAUAUAUGCCUAGUGCACUUCAUAUAUACCACCUUGGCAAUACCCAGACGCUAUGACUCUUAA